UUCCAAACCAUGCCCAUAUGCCCCGCGCGGGGUUUUUUUAGUCCACAGUCGUAACUUCUGUCUUCCCAUCGACAUCUCCUCCCACCUUCCUAGGGCUCUUUAAUUAUCUCUUCUUGUCCCACAAGUACCAGCCUGCCUACUAUAUAGCCUCUCAUUCGAAAUCUUCACUAUCUCUCUGUCUCUCUCUCUUCAAAAUCAGUUCAAGAAAUUCUCAAAACGAAAUGAAGAUCAUGCACAAUCCUCGAUCUCAACAUGGAAAAAUCCAUGUUUUCUUCAUCAUGGUUUUUUUCAUCUUGUUAUCAUCCUCAGCUGUGCCAAGAGUCGAGGCUCAGUCAAACAACAACAAUAACAACAACAACAACAACAACGGCUUUCAAGGUCCCUAUUCAAGUUUCAGCCCGUCCAUGGCCAUCAUCAUAGUGGUUCUUGUGGCGGCUCUGUUCUUUAUGGGCUUCUUUUCCAUCUACAUCCGCCACUGCUCCGAUCCCAACGCCAACAACAGCGUCAGAAAUGUUCUGUCUAUGCAUCCCCGGCGGGCCAACGCUGCCUCCCGUGGCCUUGACCAGGCAGUGCUCGAGACUUUUCCGACAUUUACCUACGCUGAAGUUAAGGAUCACAAGGUUGGAAAAGGUGCUCUCGAGUGUGCCGUUUGCCUGAACGAGUUUGAAGAGCAUGAAACGCUGCGUUUGAUACCCAAGUGUGAUCACGUAUUUCACCCCGAGUGUAUCGAUGCUUGGUUGGAAUCUCACGUGACUUGCCCGGUUUGUCGAGCUAAUCUCACACCUCAGCCCGGCGAUGAGUCGUCUUUUCAUUUGCCGGAGAUGACUACCUCGGAAAAUCAAGAAAGCAACGGUGAAGGGACUGUGUCGGCAGACCCUGUGCAAGUUGUGUGUGAAGAUCCGCCGGAGAGGCAAGAAACGGCUAGACCGCAGGUGAGCCGGAACUAUAGCUUCGACAUGAGGUCAUCGAGAGCUGGGUCGAUUAGGAGGCCAGGCAGAGGAGUUUUUGGGUUUGGAAGGUUUAGAUCGCAUUCUACCGGGCAUUCUUUGGUUCAACCGGGGGAAAACAUGGACCGGUUUACCUUAAGGUUGCCGGAGGAGAAAAGGAAAGAAAUGAUGAACCGAGCAUUGUUGAACCGGACAAAGAGCUAUGCAGUGCCUCUACCAAGGGACAGAAGUUCCAGAAAAGGUUACGGGAUCGGUGGUGGCGAAGGAAGCAGUAGAGGAGCAAGGUCUUAUAGAAGGGUUGAACCAUUAGACCGAGAUGCUCAAUCAGAUCGUUGGGUUUUUGCAAGGGUACCGUCUUUCUUCUCAAGGGCGCUCUCAAUAAGGUCCCCUCGGGUGACAGCUGAUAAUGGUGAAGGAUCGUCGAAGACCGAAAAAACUACAGUGAAAAUGCCAUCUUUCAAGUGUUUGGAGCCAAAGGAAGUUGAUGAAACCAGUCUGGUUGCAUCCGCCUCGGCUCGACCACCGGUUUAAACGAUAUGGCACUGGUUGACCCUAGUCUCCGGCUAGAUUUUGAUAGUAGCACUCCAUUCUUUAACGGACAGCAGCCGAAACAAGAAUUUUCUUUUCGCCGCCAGCAGCAAAGAAAGCUUGGUCCGCGGUGAGUUGGGCCCCAAGUCUCGGAAACUUUAGCCAUGGAUUUUUCAAUGAUGUUCAUUUUUUUUUAAUAUUACAUUAAAAUAUUUUUUUUUGUUUAUUGGCAAACCAUGUAAAUUAAGUGUGACCUUGUCAAAAACUGUAAAGUAUGACGGAUAUUGCAAACUUGUAGGGCCUCCUAUUUCUUUUCUAAA